AUGGAGGAAUUAGCCUCAGCUCAACAAAAAGACGAGGAACUAAAGACACUACUCGACAGAAACAUUUCUCUAGUUUUACGCAAAUUUAUUCUCUCAGGAACAAGUUCUCUAUUAUAUUCCGGUUGCAUCACAGACACGAUCCGCCCUUUCGUUCCUAAAGUUUUCCGAAGAAGAAUAUUUGAAGCCGUUCAUAAUCUAGCUCACCCAAACGGAAAAGCUUCCAGCAAACAAAUUGGUCAGAAAUUUGUGUGGCCAUCAAUGGACAAAGAGAUUCGAAACUGGUCACAAUCUUGUCUUCUUUGUCAAACCACAAAAAUUCAUAGACACAACAAGUGGCCUGAAGCAAUCCCGCUAUCUAAUAUCUCCGCGGAUACGGUGGCAUCAGCUGUUUACGACAAUUGGAUUGCUCGUUACGGUGCCUCACGCACUAUUACAUCUGACCAGGAUCCGCAAUUCGAGGCCGCGCUCUUCAAAGCCUUCACCAACAUGGUGGGCUGCAACCGGACAAGAACAGCAGCUUAUCAUCCCGCCUCAAACGGAUUAGUCGAACGAUGGCACCGCACGCUUAAAUCCGCCCUCAUCUGCCACGGAGGUCAAAAAUGGGUGGAAUACCUACCUACUGUUCUCCUAGGCCUACGUACUUUGUUCAAGGCAUCCGCCGCCGAGUUAUUGUACGGUACUACUCUACGAGUCCCCGGUGAGUUUUUCGACUCCGAAGAUCCUCCAAUAGAUCCGGAGAUCUUUAUUGAAAAACUAAGAUUACAUAUGCAUCAAUUAAGAGCUCAACCCACGGCACAUCAUAUUAAACCCAGACUUUUUCAAUAUAAGGAUUUGCAGUCUUGUUCGUACGUUUUUAUCAGAGAGGAUGCAGUUAAAAAGCCAUUACAAGCCCCUUACAAUGGCCCUUACAAAGUUAUAGAACGUUUUUCUGAUUAUCUUUUUGCUAUAGAUAUCAACGUACGAGUUGCAAAUAUCUUCACAGAGAGGCUUAAACCAGCAUACAUGGUUAAUCUGGAGGAAACUAGUCAUCCGUCAUCAUCUCUGCGUGCGAGUCCGCAAGAAGCUUCUACCUUGAAGACCUAUCCCCUCAGUUUAUAUAUUCACGAUACAAGUGGUUCUAAAACAAUCUAUCCCCUUCCGAAUCAGAAAUUAGCCAAAAAUGAGCUAGAAGCUUUUGUGUAA